AUGAAGAAGCCUGCCAGUCCAAAGUUACAUCAUCUGCAUGGCCUGCCAAACUCAGAGAACUUUCCAUUCGUUCACAAGCAUGAGAUCCCGAAGCAUGCAAUCGCUAUCCGUGCCGGAUCCACAAGUCCUUUGACCGACCAAAGCAACAGUCCCAGGACCUCUCCAAGCAAGCGUGGAUCAUCCGACUACUCAAACACUGUCUACUAUGGUGGCAGAAAGUCAUCCUUUCCUGCGAGCCGAGCUGCUACUCCAAAGCCGCAUGUUACCACAGUCGUUGUGAAGCAGGUACAAGCAAGUGGAAGUGCAGUCAUUGAUCUUCAAGCAUCACCCUUGGACAUUGCGCUGGCCGGGAGUGAGGUAUACAGGAAGCGCUCCCCGCAGCAAAUACCGCCAACAAAACCUUCGCAAGCGUUGGUAGAUGUCACUGACAGUGGGACUACCUUUGGCAGCCAAGAUACCGGGAGCACUAAGAUUGGCGGCAUGCGUCUUGAGCUCAAAGGCGGGAAUCCCUUCGGUAAAGAGAUACCAAGGCUCAGAGGCGGCAGUGGCCGUGAAGGGUUAUCUACAAAUUCUUUCAGCUUCAAGCUCAAGAAAUGGAUCCUGACCUGCCAUGGCCCUUGUCCGGACUACAUCGAUACCGACAGUGAUGCCGAUCUACCUCCGCCUCGUGUUGUAACACCAGAGAGAGUGGCGAGGAUGAAGCAGAAGAUGAACGGACGUGCACCUCUUCCUGCACAUAUCUCGAGAGGAACACAGCCAGCAUCUUCUGUGAGAAGUGUUCGACCAGGUACUGAAGGCCUCCAACUCCCUACAACAUUCACAACUACCAUCUCCGGACCUCCAAAGCGCUCCUCAUUCUUCCGCCUCUCCACGCUCAGCCUUCCAGCAUCUUUUCGCCGCCGAUCUGAAUCGCCUCUCAACCAAACCGCACCUCUCGUCCCAUCUCAAGUCCUCAUCCCAUCCUUCCCGCACCUACGAGGUGGCGCUGAACCACCAGAUCGAAUCCCGCCUACACUAUUUUGGCUUGCUGGCGGAAAGGGCAAGCCUAUCAGUUUCAGCGGUUGGAAGCAAUCCCGCCCGAAGCAACGGAUGGGGGGUCUGUUUGGAAUGGCAGUGUUUGGAGACAAACACGGGAAAGAGUACGGUCUCGAAGCCGGUGGGGCGGAUGAGGUGUUCGUCUCGUGCUCAGCAAGCAUCAAGGUGAUCGUGGAUGAUGCCGGGAGCGUGAAGUCGGCGAAAGCCGGGGCUGAUGCGUCGAGUUCAAGUUCCAUUUCGAGCGCAUCAUUGGUGGCUGAGCCGGUGAAAGGUGUUCCUGCAGGCGCGGAGGAUGCUGUACCUGCUGGAGAUGGCGAACCCGUGCAGCGUGCACUCACACCACCGCCUGAUGUGCCAACGGACGAUGUACCACUAUGCAGUGGUGCAUUACCUGUGGAGCCCGUCGUAGUUCCCCCCGGCGACGGUGCCACUCCAUCUCUGCCGGGUGGUGGUAGUGAUAAGAAGGACCCCGUUGUCGACUCGGGAGCACAGAAGGAAUCAGGCGCUUGA